ACAUUUUUAUUUCCACAAGAAAAGAACAAAAUAAACAAACAACUUGUGCAAAUAUGGCAAGCACUUCCAAUGCACGCCCUAAUCCCCCAAAGAGGAGGCGUGAGGAGGAUGGGAACGUUGCCCCUCCUAAGAGAAGGUGCAUUGCACCUCAACAGGCCCCUCUUAGACGAUCUCAGAGGAUAAUACAAAGAAAUGCUGAGAGACUAGAGAGAGAGCAACAACAACAACAGCAGAUACAACAUCAACAACAACAACAACAACAACAACAACAACAACAGCAACAAGAACAUCAACAACAACAGCAACAAGAACAUCAACAACAACAACAACAACAGCAACCGGAACAGGAACCUGAUGUAUUGGAUUUAUAUUUGGAACUAUACUGGGCCAGGAUUGGCAAAGGGCCCUACUGGCCAUGCCAGAUAGUUAGGGACGAAGAUGGGAGAUUUUACAAGACAAAAAUUUGCUCCAACAAUGUCAUGAGGGUACAACUCUAUGUGCGGUGGUUGGGGGACGGGAGGCACUCGUGGGUGGGCCUCUCUUAUUUGGUGCCCUUUGAGAGGGCACCAACCCCCCAACAGACACCCUACAGUAUGCUUAAGAAUUAUGUCAUGACUGUAAGUGUAACAACAUGUUUCUGAGUAAAUAUUACAGUAAUUACAAUACGACAACACUUGAUUAUUACAAUAUCACAAAAUAUUGAUUAUUAAUAUUAUUAGAUACAAUUGAAUAUUGAAUUAUUGAUAAUAUGAGUACAUUCAUUAAGUCGCGAAAAUCCAAAUAAACCUGUCUAUGAAUAAUGGGAUGUUUAUACAGAGUGGUGCAGAGAAAACACAACCAUAUUCUUCAAACUGCCAGUACUGGGUGAUGGGGGGGGGUUAUUAUCCUCAAACAGAUGGCCCAUAUUAUGCCAUUUCAGUUGCUAUGAGCAUUGGGACGUUCAACAUCGUGUGUUCACUGUGAAGCAGUUUUUC